GCCAGCGGCGGAUGCAGGAAGCAUGUCGAAGCUUAAGCUAAGAGCUGUUUAAUUUUAUUAUAUAAGUGUCAUUUUUUUUAAAAUAUUUUUUUAAUUAAACAUGAAGUUACUCAGUAAGGACAUCGAAAAAGACAAUUGCGGUCAGGUGGCUCUGGUGCCGGAGGAACCUGAAGACAUGUGGCACACCUACAACCUGCUGCAAGUGGGGGACAGUUUACGGGCGUCCACGAUCAGGAAGGUCCAGACGGAGUCGUCCACAGGCAGCGUGGGCAGCAGCCGUGUCCGCACCACUCUGACCAUCUGUGUGGAGACGAUCGAUUUCGACUCCCAGGCCUGUCAGCUGAGGGUCAAGGGCACCAACAUACAGGAGAACGAGUACGUCAAGAUGGGUGCAUACCACACUAUAGAGUUGGAACUGAACAGGAAGUUCACUUUGGCUAAGAAGCUGUGGGAUAGCGUCGUGCUGGAGAGAAUAGAGCAGGCGUGUGACCCCGCUCAGAAGGCAGAUGUGGGUGCCGUGGUGAUGCAGGAGGGGCUGGCGAACAUCGUGCUCGUCACGCCCGCCAUGACACUGGUGAGGGGCAAAGUGGAGCAAACCAUUCCCCGCAAGAGGAGGGGAAGCUGCGCACAGCACGACAAGGCUCUUGAUCGUUUCUAUGACGCUGUGAUGCAGGGAAUCCUGAGACACAUCAACUUCGAGGUUGUGAAGUGUGUUCUCAUUGCCAGUCCUGGUUUUGUGAAGGAUCAGUUCUGCACGUACCUGUUCCAGCAGGCUGUGAAAACCGACAACAAAGUUCUGCUGGAGAACCGGUCCAAAUUCAUGCAGGUCCAUUCCUCCUCGGGACACAAGUACUCCCUCAAAGAAGUCUUGUCCGAUCCCGCAGUGAUCAGUCGCCUGUCGGACACUAAGGCUGCAGGGGAAGUGAAGGCGCUGGAGGAUUUCUAUAAGCUACUUCAGCACGAGCCAGACCGGGCCGUCUAUGGUGUUUCUCAUGUGGAGCGGGCAAAUGAAGCGAUGGCCAUCGACGUUCUCCUGAUCAGCGACAACCUUUUCAGGCAUGAAGACAUUGCCACACGCAGUCGUUAUGUGAAGCUGGUGGACAGUGUGAAAGACAACGGGGGAACCGUGCGAAUAUUUUCCAGUCUGCACGUGUCAGGAGAGCAACUGAAUCAGCUGAGUGGGGUUGCAGGUCUCCUGCGUUUUCCGAUCGCUGAUAUCUCCGAGGAAGAGGAGGAUUCUAGCUCGGAGGAAGACUAAAAUGAUCC